GUGACGUCACGCGCAGACGCUGGGGACGUACCUGUCGGACUCGAGAGUCUCGCUGCUUCUCUUCCCCGAUCUGUAGGUCGGGGCUGGUCUGGUCCGGAACCCUCAGCUGCUUUCCCUUAGUCCCUGUUCUCCCGCGGCCCGGAACCGGGCUGCGUAGGAGCAGGAGGGUGUGGUGGGUCGAAAGUCGUUAUCCUUCAUUCCCGACUUGGAGCAGGGGUUCAGUUUCAGUCGUCCAACAGGGAAGUGAGGUUGGAGAUUUUUGUUUUUAAUUUUGGCUAGAAGCAGGUUGACUCCAGGGCCCUCCAGGGCAAGCGGAUUUAACUUAAUGCUGCUCCAGUGUUUGAAGGCGGACCAAAAAAGUCACCUGGCAGAAUUUCCAUAGCGUCUUCAGUAGAAAACACCAGGUAUCUCUUAAAUCGCGGCAGUUUUCCUUGUGUGUUAGCUUUCUUCAGGUGGAACUCCCGGGUAGCUAUUUAGGUUUGAAACAGAUGCAGAUUCCAAAGGCAGCGCAAAAAACAGCCACCGAUUUUGCUAUGCCUCUGAGCUGCAAGAUAAUCAGACAGCUAAAUGGAGUCUGAGCAGCUGUUCCAUAGAGGCUACUAUAGAAACAGCUACAACAGUAUAACAAGUGCAAGUAGUGAUGAGGAACUUUUAGAUGGAGCAGGUGUUAUUAUGGAUUUUCAGACUUCUGAGGAUGACAAUUUAUUAGAUGGUGACACAGCAGUAGGAACUCAUUAUACAAUGACAAAUGGAGGCAGCAUUAACAGUUCUACUCACUUACUGGAUCUUUUGGAUGAACCCAUUCCAGGUGUUGGUACAUAUGAUGAUUUCCAUACUAUUGAUUGGGUACGAGAGAAAUGUAAAGACAGAGAAAGGCACAGACGGAUCAACAGCAAAAAGAAAGAAUCAGCAUGGGAAAUGACAAAAAGUUUGUAUGAUGCAUGGUCAGGAUGGCUAGUAGUAACACUAACAGGAUUGGCAUCAGGGGCAUUGGCUGGAUUAAUAGAUAUUGCUGCUGAUUGGAUGACUGAUCUAAAAGAGGGUAUUUGCCUUAGUGCAUUGUGGUACAACCAUGAACAGUGUUGUUGGGGAUCUAAUGAGACAACAUUUGAAGAGAGGGAUAAAUGUCCACAGUGGAAAACAUGGGCAGAAUUAAUCAUAGGUCAAGCUGAGGGACCUGGUUCUUACAUCAUGAACUACAUAAUGUACAUAUUUUGGGCCUUGAGUUUUGCCUUUCUUGCUGUUUCUCUGGUAAAAGUAUUUGCCCCGUAUGCCUGUGGAUCUGGAAUUCCAGAGAUUAAAACUAUCUUGAGUGGAUUCAUCAUCAGAGGUUACUUGGGAAAAUGGACUUUAAUGAUUAAAACCAUCACAUUAGUACUGGCUGUGGCAUCAGGCCUGAGUUUAGGAAAAGAAGGCCCCCUGGUACAUGUUGCUUGUUGCUGUGGAAAUAUUUUUUCCUACCUCUUUCCAAAGUAUAGCACAAAUGAGGCUAAAAAAAGAGAGGUGCUUUCAGCUGCCUCGGCUGCAGGGGUUUCUGUAGCCUUUGGUGCACCGAUUGGAGGAGUUCUUUUUAGCCUGGAGGAGGUUAGCUAUUAUUUUCCUCUUAAAACUUUAUGGAGGUCAUUUUUUGCUGCUUUAGUGGCUGCAUUUGUUUUGAGAUCCAUCAAUCCAUUUGGUAAUAGCCGUCUGGUUCUUUUUUACGUGGAGUAUCAUACGCCGUGGUACCUUUUUGAACUGUUUCCUUUUAUUCUCCUUGGGGUAUUUGGAGGGCUUUGGGGGGCCUUUUUCAUUAGGGCAAAUAUUGCCUGGUGUCGUCGACGCAAAUCCACCAAAUUUGGAAAGUAUCCUGUUCUUGAAGUCAUCAUCGUUGCAGCUAUUACGGCUGUGAUAGCCUUUCCUAAUCCAUAUACAAGGCUCAACACCAGUGAACUGAUUAAAGAGCUUUUUACAGACUGUGGCCCCCUGGAAUCCUCUUCUCUUUGUGACUACAGAAAUGACAUGAACGCCAGUAAGAUUGUUGAUGAUAUUCCCGAUCGUCCAGCAGGUCUUGGAGUAUAUUCAGCUAUAUGGCAGUUAUGCUUAGCACUCAUAUUUAAAAUCAUAAUGACAGUAUUCACUUUUGGUAUCAAGGUUCCAUCAGGCUUGUUCAUCCCCAGCAUGGCCAUUGGAGCGAUCGCGGGAAGGAUUGUGGGAAUUGCUGUGGAACAGCUUGCGUAUUAUCACCAUGACUGGUUUAUCUUUAAGGAGUGGUGUGAGGUUGGGGCUGAUUGCAUUACACCUGGCCUGUAUGCCAUGGUUGGUGCUGCUGCAUGCUUAGGUGGCGUUACAAGAAUGACCGUAUCACUGGUGGUUAUUGUUUUUGAGCUUACUGGUGGCUUGGAAUAUAUUGUCCCUCUUAUGGCUGCAGUAAUGACCAGUAAAUGGGUUGGAGAUGCCUUUGGUAGGGAAGGCAUUUAUGAAGCGCACAUCCGAUUAAACGGAUACCCUUUCUUGGAUGCAAAAGAAGAAUUCACUCAUACUACCCUGGCUGCUGAUGUCAUGAGACCACGAAGGAACGAUCCUCCCUUAGCUGUCCUCACACAGGACAAUAUGACAGUAGAUGAUAUAGAAAACAUGAUUAAUGAAACCAGCUACAAUGGCUUCCCUGUCAUAAUGUCAAAGGAAUCUCAGAGAUUAGUGGGAUUUGCCCUCAGAAGAGACCUGACAAUUGCAAUAGAAAGUGCCAGAAAAAAACAAGAAGGUAUCGUGGGCAGUUCCCGUGUGUGUUUUGCACAACAUACCCCAUCUCUUCCGGCAGAAAGUCCUCGGCCAUUGAAACUUCGAAGCAUUCUUGACAUGAGCCCUUUUACAGUGACAGAUCAUACCCCAAUGGAGAUUGUGGUGGAUAUUUUCCGAAAACUGGGUCUGAGGCAGUGCCUUGUAACUCACAAUGGGAUUGUCUUGGGGAUCAUCACAAAGAAGAACAUAUUAGAACAUCUCGAGCAACUAAAGCAGCACGUCGAACCCUUGACGCCUCCUUGGCAUUAUAACAAAAAAAGAUAUCCUCCGUCAUAUGGCCCAGACGGCAAACCAAGACCCCGCUUCAAUAAUGUUCAACUGAAGCCCAUAGAUGAGGAGAGAGAGGAAACAGAAGAGGAAGUUCAUUUGUUGAAUAGCACAACUCUUUAACCUGAGGGAGUGAGUCGUCUACUUUUUUUUCUCCUAAAAAAAAAAAGGAAUUACAAAAGCCGGGCUUUUGCAUCAUGGUUUGCCAAUAAUGCUGGUGGAGUCGAGUUAUUUGGGAGGGAAAGGAGAGAGAAAAGGAAAUGAGUGAGGGAAUUUCCCCAUCUAACUGAGAGCAGCAAAUCAACUCCUGUUCUGCACUGGAUGCAUUCAGCUGAGGAUGUGCUGUGAUAGUGCAGGCUUGAGCCUCCAGAGAGGACAGCAGCGCCUGCCCGCCCGCCCGUCCGCCCUCCUGGGAGCACCUGGCCUGUUACUCCAACUUCGCAUGGAGGCACUAUCAGUCCUCAUUUCUGGAGGGAUUACUUUGAAUUGAGCCAUCUUUAAGACUGUAAGGUCUUGCCCUUUUUUUUUAAAUCAAAACUGUUCUGUUUAAUUCAUAAGUUGUAGAGUUAAGCAUUACCUUUCUACAUUCCAGAAGAGCUUUUAUUUCUCUCUCUCUUGAGCUGUAACAAAGCCUCUUUAAAUUGGUGUACCCUUUUGAAGCAGUCCUUUCUCAUAUUGAGAUGUACUGUGAUUUUACUGAGGUUCCAUCACAAGAAGGGAGUGUUUCUUGUGCCAUUCACCAUGUAGGUUGUUCCAUCACCAAAUGCUUGGGGCAGUCACAUGCCCACAACAAAGGCUGAGCAGACAGGUAAAUCCUGAACACAGCGUCAGUGAAAUCUCAGCCUGUGUGCCGUGUAUUUCAGAAUCAACAAUGAAAACAGAGUUUUCUUUUUUUUUUCCCCCUCUCAGACUUUAUGGAUAAUGUGACCUUGUCUUAUGCAAAUUCUGUACUUCUAAAACGACUAUGAUAUACAAGUGCUGUUCAGCAUAAGGAAAAAAAAUGCUGCUUUUACAGGAAAGAGAAGGAAGUAUUCUGUUUAGCUGUAUCUGGUAUUAAUUGCAUGUUUAAACACUGGAAUUUUUUUUUUCUUGACAUUAGAUCAGUCAUUUUUUUCUUCAAGAUACUUCACUGCUGACACUGAAGAAGAAAUGUAACUCAUAACUUGCACUAAAUGUAUAUUUCUUUUCUUAAAAAUUUACCAUUCUUAUUUAUAUUUUUAUGGAUUAAAAUUUAUAAAAUACAGAUCAGUUAAUAUCGCACAAAUAAUUUUACCUUUUUAAUGUGAUUUUUAUAGACUAAUUCAAACUUACACAUAUGGAGAUAUGAACAAAGUUUACAAUGGGAACAAGGGUUUAAAUGGAAGUCAUGGUUAUUUCUCUAUGAUCCAAUGUGUACAUAAACCUUUUUCAGAUCUUUCACUGCCAUCCCCUGGAUUAUGCCUCUGAACUGUUCAUUUUGACUCAUUACCUGGAAAGUAAAAUACUCUAAGUCACUUUGCAGAUUAAAACCAAAAGCUAGUGUUUUUUAAAAACACUUAAAAAAAAAUCAAGCAAUUGCAACGGUAGCAGUUACAGUUUUAAUCUAAACAUAACCUUUAUUAACCUUUGGGUAGUCACAUCCAUAACUGUUCAAUGAUGUUUUGAAUAUCCAUGGUGUACAUUUUGCAGGAUGAACUGAAAUAACUGAGGUAUGUCUGGAAGUUUUGAUUUUGGAAAUGUCUAUCAUAAUUAAUCAUGGUGUUAGUUCACAGUUGGCUAAGGCAAUUUUCUUGAAGGAUUGGCUUAAGUCUUCUAUGAUUCUGAAUUUUGUAGGAAAAUGAAUUUUUGCAGACAGAUGCAUUCUGAACCAUAACAGGCAAUGAACAUUUUUAUAUUUUGGAACUGACUCUUCCUAAUUCUUGAUGAUAAUACACCUGUAAAAUCUUUAAGAUCACAAAGAUCUAUAAGAUCGUGAAGAUCUAUAAGAUCAUGAAGCCAUAUUAGGAUGACAAUUGAAAGUUGAUUAAAAGUUUAGGAAUUUCAUUGGAUAGUCUUAGCUUUGCUUUCUGCUGAAGGUUAGUAUUUUUUCCUAGUUAUUUCCCCCCUUUGGUAGACUUCAAAUUUUCUUAAUGACUCAUUCAAAAUUCAUUUGGCCAUUUAGAAUGAAAUCAUUUCUAAAUCAUAGCUCUGUGUAUCUUACUUCUGCCAUGUCCUAAGUGUAUCUGCAGCAUGAAAGGCAACACGUGAGCACGAGCUUCUUGGCACUGGCCAUUGAAUAACUUCGCUGCCUGUCCUGGUUACAAGCCUUCAAAGAAGGAAUUGGGUUUCUUUGCAGAGAGUGUCAUACUUUAUAUUUCACAUAGACUUUAUUUUUGACAUUGCCUUUUGAUUUCAGGUCCUUUGUUCAUUGCCCAUCCUGCUACAGAUACUAACAUUACAGGGUGGAUAUUCGAGGUGGAUAGUAACUUUCUUCUUGUGUAUUUCUUUCCCUGAUAUAUCUUACUGCGGAAAUACAGGAAAAGUGUCGUCUUUCUAAUGUGUCCACUAGUUUUCUUUGGUAAUACUCUGGUAAUACUUUACUUUUUGACAUGUUGAGGUCUGUCUGCUUUUCAACUAAGUGAUGAAACGGUGGAGACCAUGACAUAUAUGUCUGAUUGGCAAAUUAACUGACCAGUAUAAUAAGUGGAGCACCUUAUUGGAGUACCCUUUUUGAGAAGGUAUGAGAAUGGGCAAGGUGUCAGCAUCUCUUCUUAUUUAUAAUUGUUUUCAGUUUUGGUUCAUGAAGAAUGCUUAGUUUGUUAAUCUGUGAUGUUGCCUAGCUGUAUUUAUCUGUUUUUAUUUAUACCAGUGUAGUAAAGCUGCAUAUCAUUACAGUAAAGAUGAUUACUGUGAUGAGUUAUUCAGAAAAUCUAUUAAAAUCUAUAUGACAA